UGAGCUCAUUCCCCACCCAUGAUGUGCGCAGGUGUGCCUACCUGUCUUGGAAGUUUCAAACACGGAAGAGUUUUUCUGGGGACUACUCACUUGAUUACUGCACCAUGUUGAAUGCAGUACACAGACUUGCCUGUUUUGUUUGACACGGAGAUAAGCUACAGCAACGACAACAAAGAGGCUGUUCAGAGCGUAAACACCUCUUUUGGACGCCAGGAUCCAGAGUCCCGGCGCGUGUCGGACCCCAAUGGCAUCCGCCGGACAGAUGUAUCCGAGCGGCCCGGCGCAGGGAGCGGGGCUCGGGGAACUCGGCAGCACGGAGAAGCUGGACUCCUCCGCUGUCAAUCGCAUACUGAUGGAGUUUCUGAUUUACUUUGGCAGAGCCGUGUUUGUCUUCUAUCCCGUGUAUAUGACGGGAUACAUGGGUCUCAGUAUCAGCUGGGUGCUGCUGUGCAUGGUGAUGGUCACUUGGUAUAAAAAGAACCGUCAGCGGAAAGACGUCCGGAUCGGAACCGCCAUCGAACUUGUGGAUAAUGAAACACAAGUUGUCAACAAGGAGCUGCAGAGUGCCUUACAAAUGGCAUCGUGGGUCCAAUUUCCAGAUGUUGAGAAAGUUCAUUGGGUUAACAAGGUGUUGGAACAGGCCUGGCCGUUCUUUGGGAUGUACAUGGAGAAACUCCUUAAAGACAACAUCCAGGCGGUCGUCAGACAAUCCAACUCUGCGCUCCGAACGUUCACUUUUACCAAAAUCCACUUUGGACACAAACCUCUCAGGAUUACUGGAAUGAAGGCGUACACACAUGAAGUUGACCAGAGGGAGGUGGUCCUGGACUUGAAUAUAAGUUAUGACGGCGAUGUGGACAUUGACGCUGUUGUGAAGGAGCCAAUCACAGCUGGUGUCAAAGGACUUUCACUCAAGGGGAUGAUAAGGGUCAUUUUAGAGCCGCUUAUUGGUGAUGCACCACUGGUGGGAGGAAUCACCUUCUUUUUCAUUCGCCGCCCUACCCUACAGAUCAACUGGACUGGCAUGACUAACCUUUUGGACAGUCCUGCCUUCAGUUCGUUGUCUGAAGAGACCAUCAUGGACAUCAUCGCCUCUCUCAUGGUGUUGCCCAACCGCAUGUGUGUGCCCCUCAUAGAUCAGGUCAAAGUGGACCAGAUGAGGUUCCCACUACCUCGUGGUGUGGUGAGGGUCCACUUACUGGAGGCCAGAGACUUGGUAGCUAAGGACACAUACAUGAUGGGAUUAGUGAAAGGCAAAUCAGACCCCUACGCAACGAUCCGAGUCGGCAACCGACAUUUCAAGAGCAAGACCAUCAAAGAGAAUUUGCACCCCAAGUGGAAUGAAGUGUAUGAGUUUGUUGUCCAUGAAGCCCCCGGGCAAGAGUUGGAGGUUGAGCUAUUUGAUGAGGACACAGAUAAAGAUGACUUCAUUGGAAAGUAUAACCUUGAUUUGGGAGAAGUGAAGCGGGAGAAAGAAAUGGAUCAGUGGUUUCCUCUCGAAGGGGUCCAGAGUGGAGAAGUUCACUUCAAGCUCCAGUGGUUUUCUCUUAUGUCUGACCCCAACCUGCCGACAGAGCAGGCAGACGGCCUUGCUUGUGCUAUGCUUGCAGUUUAUCUGGACAAUGCAUCGAACCUACCAAAAGACCACAGUGAGAUCGAACAACAGAAACAUGGGAAGCACUCGAAGGAAGCUCGGCUCACAAGGAGAUCUGCCUGCCCGAAUUCUUAUGUGGAGUUAACCAUUGAUAAAGAAGUUCAGAAAAGCAAGGUUGCGUAUGCAUCUAAAGACCCGGUGUGGGAGGAGGGCUUCACCUUCUUUGUGCAUGAUAUAAAAACACAGCAGCUCAGUCUUCAGGUCAAACAGCAAGAGAAGAAGACUCAGCUCGGCAUGCUCAACUUGCCCCUGAGUCGCCUUCUCAGUGCCUCCAACAUGACUCUAGACCAGCGCUUCUUGCUGGAGCGCUCCGGAGCAAACAGCCAAAUCAAGCUGAAAGCCACUCUCAGGAUUCUUACUCUGGAAAAGCCACCACCUAAGAUUGUCCUCAAUCCACCUCCACAAGCCAAACAGGGACCACAGACCACAGAAGGAGGUACCGCACCUGAAUCCACUUCUCCCGUCGCUACAUCCUCCUCUCCAGCGCUUUCCUCCAACACCACCCCUGCUGCCCAAGCCACUUAUGCGCCCCAGCCGGCUGAUUUCCAGAAUGGCUUUAAUGAAGGCUAUUCAACUCACCGCCGUGGCUCCUUCCUGGCUUCUGAAACCUGGGGUCCAUCUUCUGCCAAAAACAUGCGUCGGUUUGACUCCCACAGCCUGCUGUCGGAAAACUCCAUCGCGUCGUCGCGUUUUGACCUGACAGACGGAGCCUCGUAUCCAGAGGUCAUCAGGAAUCAUCAGGGUUCAUUUGGGGAGAUCCACCUGACUGUACGCUAUGCCACACUGAGGAACAAGCUCAUCGUCCUGGUUGAUGCCUGCAGGAACUUAUUCCGCUGCGCUGAGAAUGGCACAGACUCUUAUGUCCGCCUGUAUUUGCUUCCUGACCAGACCUGGAGACACCGUAAGAAGACACAUGUCAAGAAGAGGACAAUCAAUCCUGUCUUCAAUGAGAAGUUUGAAUUUGACGUAUCACUCGAAGAAGUAAAAAACAGGAAGUUGGAUGUUUCAGUGAAAAAUAACAAGAUGUUCUACACACGGGAGAGAAAGGACAUUGGCAUGGUGAUGAUUGAUUUUUCACAGUUGGAUAUAGCCAAAGGCAUCACACAGUGGUUUGAGCUGACAUUACCAGGGCUGAAGAAAUUCAGCUAGCACGCAAAGGUGUAGAAACUUGUGUUUGCAGCUCCUCAGCCACUGCAAGGCCAAAAGCUGGCCUGAUAAACACUUGGAGUGUUACAUAUUCUUUUGUCUUCCUUAUCAUUGCGGACCAGUUUAGGGUUUUUCAAAAGCAGCACUAAACCCUUCUCAGAUACUGGACACGUUGGUUUUUGUAUGUCAUAAAUAUAUAUAUGGAUAUUUUUAUUUGGAUAUAUUUGUAAGAGGUUUGGUUUUUGAGUUGAUCUAAGCCAAAGCUAUCAUUUUGUAUUUUAAUGUAAAUAGUUGUUUUUUAAGUAAUAUAAGGGAGAUAAAGGAAAAGCCAAAGGAAUGGUUACAUGGUUCAAUACACACUGACAACCAUAAAUUCAUAUGUGGAGAAGCCAAAUAUUUCACAGUAACAGUUUUGGUGGGUUCAUUACAAAAAAAAAAAA